ACGUACAGACCUUCUAUAUACUUCACGCCAACAGCUUUAUGUCCGUUCUCCGCUUGUAGACUCUAGUUAUGGAACAGCGUUUUCUUCAUUUAACCGUGCUGUCCUGCACUUUUCUCUCUAUUCUCUUCCAAUCAACCCCUACCUCGCCGAUCAGGCUGAAAACGUCGCAGCCCAAGGACAAUGGCCUUCGUGUCAACGGCGGCGGAUCGUUCAAGGUUGCGCUGUUCGCCGACCUGCAUUUCGGGGAGGACGCCUGGACUGAUUGGGGCCCGCAACAGGACGUGAACUCCAUCAAGGUCAUGUCCACUGUACUCGACCAUGAAACACCAGAUUUUGUAAUAUAUCUUGGAGAUGUCAUUACUGCCAACAAUAUGCCAAUUGAAAAUGCGACUUUGUAUUGGGAUCAAGCAAUCUCUCCUACAGAGGCCAGGGGUAUACCGUGGGCCAGUGUUUUUGGAAAUCACGAUGAUGCAUUAUUUGAGUGGCCAAUGGAGUGGUUUUCAGCCCCUGGAAUUCCUCCACGUCAUUGCCCUGCAACCAAUUCAUCGUAUUCAGAAGAAUACUGUAGCUUCAGAGGUACACAACGCAUAGAGCUGAUGAAAAAUGAGAUUGAGCAUGAUAGCUUAUCAUUUUCAAAAAAUGGACCUAAAAAUCUAUGGCCAAGUGUAUCCAACUAUGUCCUCCAAGUUGCAUCCUCCAGCGAUCCAGAAUCAACAAUUCUGAUCAUGUACUUCCUAGAUUCUGGUGGCGGUUCCUAUCCAGAAGUUAUAUCAAGUGCUCAAGCAGAAUGGUUCCAGCACAAAUAUCAAGAAAUUAACCCUGAUUCAAGUGUUCCUGAGAUUAUCUUUUGGCAUAUACCAAGUACAGCAUAUAAGAAAGUGGCUCCUUGGUUUGCUAUACACAAACCUUGUGUAGGCUCUAUCAACAAGGAAAAAGUUGCUGCUCAAGAAGCUGAAUUUGGUAUUAUGCACAUUCUUGUUAAAAGGCCUUCUGUCAAGGCAAUAUUUGUGGGACACAACCAUGGAUUGGACUGGUGUUGCCCCUACGAGAAACUAUGGCUAUGCUUUGCGAGGCAUACUGGUUAUGGUGGUUAUGGAAAUUGGCCCAGAGGAGCUAGGAUUCUGGAGAUCACUGAGCAGCCCUUUUCUAUUAAGUCUUGGAUAAGAAUGGAAGAUGGUGGUAAGCACAGUGAAGUUCUCUUGAGCUCUUAACAUCUUAUUUCUGUACUCCAAAUGUAAAGGACACGGCUCACUCACUUAAAAUGCAAAAAAAGAAGACUAUACAUAUAAAUUUAUGUCUUGUUAAAAAAAAAUAUAAAAUUACUUUUUUGUGAUUCUUCGUGGGCUUCUGUUGUAAAGUUAAUAAAACAAGGCCAUAUUUUAACUGACCAUUCUAAUCAGUUAAUAAUAUUGUUUGCUGUUUGGUCA